CUAAUGAAACCAAAUUUAUGGAAUGAUUUUUCGAAAAUAUUCUCGAUGCAGUAAGCUCAUCGGUGCACGUUACUACAACAGCGACAACAUUUACGGCGACAACGAGAUCCCGUCUCCACGAGACACGGAGGGACACGGGACCCACACGGCUACGACAGCUGGCGGCGUGGAGCUACCAGGAACGAGCUUUUUAGGCUUAGCGGAGGGUGUGGCGAGAGGUGGGGCCCCCGGUGCAAGAAUUGCGGUGUACAAAGUGUGCUGGGCUUCGGGAUGCGGUGAUGCUGACAUCAUCAAAGCGUUCGAUGAUGCAAUAGCCGACGGAGUCGACAUCAUCUCUGUUUCUUUGGGAUCCGAAUACCUCCUCGAUUAUUUCCAAGAUCCUAUUGCGAUCGGAUCUUUCCAUGCAAUGAAGAACGGGAUUCUGACGUCGAACUCGGCCGGAAAUGCGGGACCCGAUCCCGUCACGGUUGCCAACUUUUCGCCGUGGACACUCACAGUUGCUGCUAGCACUAUCGACAGAAAAUUCGUCGCUAAUUUAGUCUUAGGCAACGGACAAAUCUUUACGGGAAUCUCGAUAAAUACGUUUGAUCUCAACGGAACGUCGUAUCCCUUGAUUUGGGGCGGAGAUGCUGUGAACUACAGCGGCGGUUAUAGUCAAGACGAUGCGAAACUUUGUUCUCAAGAAACAAUGAAUGCCGACAUGGCGGUUGGGAAAAUAGUACUCUGCGAAGCCCUUACCGAUGGAUCCACUAUUCUUCUUGCCAACGGUGUCGGAACCGUUAUGGCGGACCAAGAUUACGUAAAUCCCGACUACGCCUUCAGUUAUCCGUUACCGGCAACGCUCAUAAGUCCAGUCGACGCCAAAAAGGUGAUCGAAUACAUAAAAUCCACUAGAUAUCCCGAGGCGACGAUAUUGGUUGGCGAAACAUGGAAAGAUCUGAUGGGGCCGACAGUGGUUUCGUUUUCUUCGAGAGGACCAAAUCCGAUUAGCUCAGACAUUCUCAAGCCUGAUAUUACAGCACCCGGAGUUGAUAUUCUGGCGGGGUGGUCACCGCUUUCGCCAACUUCGAUAUACGAAAACGACACGACGGGAUUGUACUUCAACGUAAUGUCGGGCACAUCGAUGUCCUGCCCACACGCAGCCGCUGCCGCGGCCUACGUUAAAUCCGUCCACCCCGAUUGGUCGCCUGCCGCCAUCAAAUCCGCCAUCAUGACAACAGCUUAUGCUAUGGACCCGAGGAGAAAUGCCGACAAAGAAUUCGCCUACGGCUCGGGACAUAUUAACCCGACGGCUGCAGUGGACCCCGGUCUAGUAUUCGAUGCAUCUGCAGCAGAUUACAUCAACUUACUCUGCAAACAAGGGUACAACAUAACUACCCUGAGGGUGGUAACAGGGGAUAACUCCACCUGUGCCAAUACUACAAUUGGAAGAGCAUUGGAUUUCAACUAUCCAAUACUUUCACUAUAUGUCGAAGAUGGGGAGGAGAUUACGGGAACGUUCACGAGAACUGUCACGAAUGUGGGCCCGCCUGACUCGACCUACACCGCCAUGUGGCAAACGCCGUCGCUGAUUAGUGCGACGGUCGAACCGUCGGUUCUUGAGUUCUCGGCCGUUGGAGAGAGAAAGUCGUUCGCGGUGACGGUUGUGGGGCCCGCGAUCACGCAGCAGCCGAUUGUUUCGGGGGCGGUGACGUGGAGCGACGGGAGACGUUCGGUUAGGACACCUGUCGUGGUGUACAAUUACUUCCGUGGUGCUCCUUACACUAUCGAAUCCGAAGAUUAUUCCAACUCCACGUAGAAAUGAAACUAUAUAUGCAUUCAUCAAAAUAAUCUCCAAAUUUCGAUUUUGGAUGCAAAUUAUAUGUUGUAAUAAUUCCGAGACCGA